UUGUUUUUUUUUUUAAUCUUUUUCCUCUUAUCUACCCACAAAAAGAUCCUGUCUUUGGUUCCUAACAACGAAGAAGAAGGUUAGAACUUUAGAAAAAAGAAAAAAAAAAAGAGAAAACCCUCAAAAGAAAAUGCCACCUUGCCUUGAUUAGCCAUGUACUUAUUAGCUUCAUGGCAUUCACGGAAGGUGGUAUUUUGACUUUUGAAGCCUAAGAGAAAGAAAAAAAGGUUUUUUUUUGUUUUUUGUUUUUUGAGGAGGGUUUGGUACUUUGGUUAUGGAUCAAAGGUUUGAUAGGUUGAAGAAAUGGUGUUUCAAGUGUGGAUAUAUUUGAUGGGUUUCAAGUGAUUCUCUUUUUUUAUUUUUCCGAUGGAGAAGAGAUUAAGGCCAGUCAGAGUCUCAUUCUUGAUGGUUCUUCUUCAUGGCUUUGAUUGGUUUCUUGAUUUCAAUGAAACCGAAGUUUGAUUUUUCAGUGGUCAAUGGUUGAUGGGCUUGAAGAAUUUUAGUUUCUUGAGCUCUGUAUAUUGCCUAGGAGUAUUGUUUCAGGAACAGUCUUGAUUGUGUCCCUUCUUCAUACGAGGACGAAAACAUAGAACGGAAGUCAAAAGCAAAGCUUUAGGUUUAAGGUCUUCUAGGAUAUCAAGUAUUUGCAUUGAAUUACAGGGAUAUAAGAAAUGGCAGACGAUGCUAAUUCAUGGAUUAGGAGAACAAAGUUUUCUCACACGGUUUGUCAUAGAUUGGACUCAUCAAGAUUGGUCUCUUUUCCUUUCCACCUACAAUCAGACAGGAAUCUAGAGUGGAGUUUGGGAUUGAAACCAAGGUCAGCAGUGGCUUCUGCUAAACAGAAAUCAGUUCACAAUGAUCCACAGAUUCAGCGAAAUCCUAUCACAAACAAGCAAAGAUCUGUAUCUCCUCUGCCUCAGACUAUUCUCUCUGAUACCUUUAAGGAAGCAAGGUCUGAGAGGAGGAGAUUCUCAACUCCAAAUCCUCAAAGGAAAGAAUCCGACAAGCGAUUUAGGGGAAAGUUUUUCCAUAAAGAAUCCCAUGAUAAGAAAGGAUCCAAUUCACCAGCAUCAUCGAAUUCAAGUCCCCUUAGGCACUUGGGUUCCAUAAAAGUUCAAGAUAGGUCAAAGAGCAGGAAGGAGUCGGCUUGGACUAAGUAUUUUGACCAUGCUGGAGGAAGGGUUAAUGCCGUAGAAGCAGCUGAUGAACACACUGUUGAACUUUCCCAGCUAUUUCUUGGGCUUAGAUUUGCCCAUGGUGCGCAUAGCCGGCUUUAUCAUGGUAUAUAUAAGGAGGAACCUGUUGCAGUUAAAAUUAUUAGGGUACCAGAUGAUGACGAGAAUGGAAACUUGGCUGCUCGAUUAGAGAAACAGUUCAAUAGGGAGGUUACUCUUUUAUCUCGGCUCCAUCAUCCGAAUGUUAUAAAGUUUGUAGCAGCAUGCAGAAAGCCACCGGUUUUUUGUGUUAUAACAGAAUAUUUAUCAGAGGGUUCAUUAAGGGCAUACUUGCACAAGCUUGAUCACAAGUCUCUUCCGAUGGAAAAGUUAAUUGCUAUUGUUCUGGAAGUUGCUCGUGGAAUGGAAUACAUUCAUUCUCAAGGAGUCAUUCAUCGUGAUCUUAAACCAGAAAACGUCCUUAUUGAUCAGGAAUUUCAUCUGAAAAUUGCUGAUUUUGGUAUAGCUUGUGAGGAGGCAUAUUGUGAUCUACUGGCAGAUGAUCCAGGGACUUAUCGUUGGAUGGCACCUGAGAUGAUCAAAAAGAAAUCGUAUGGACGGAAGGUGGAUGUUUACAGCUUUGGACUUAUUUUGUGGGAAAUGGUAGCUGGAACAAUUCCAUAUGAGGAUAUGAAUCCUAUCCAAGCUGCUUUUGCAGUUGUGAACAAGAAUUUGAGACCUGUUAUCCCACACAACUGUCCACCUGCCAUGCGAGCUUUAAUUGAGCAAUGUUGGUCAUUGCACCCAGAGAAGAGGCCUGAUUUUUGGCAGAUAGUGAAGGUGUUGGAGCAAUUUGAGUCCUCACUUAAUCAAGAUGGAACCCUGAAAUUGGUACAGAACCCAAGUUGCCAAGAUCACAAGAAAGGGCUGCUUCAUUGGAUUCAAAAGCUUGGUCCCGUGCACCCUCACUCUAAUGCCUAUAGUUCACCUAUGCCUAAACCUAAAUUCACAUGAAUCUUUAUUGUGACCUGGCUUUUUUGUAGUGUCACCGGGUCAGUUGUAAUUAAAAGGUUCGUUUUCUAAGCUUCUUUAUUUGUACCUUAUGUCACACUCAUGUGAGAGUGAAUGAAAUAGAUUGGUAGGCAUGCAUCAAGCUGAAUGUGUCUUUUUACUAUUAUACACAUACAACCAAUGAUCAUGUUUUCGGGCAGGAAAUUAAAAAUAUUGGCCGAGAAAAAUUAAAGAAAAUCAUUUUCAUUUCGGAAAAGUCAUUUGUUCUGGAUGACAUUUCGUGUAUACACACGUGUGCACACUGUUUAUAGUUGUGUGUACUCUUUUUUUUUUUCUUUUUCCUUUUCUGUUCCAAAGAUGAAUCCUUGCGUGUACAAAUCAAACAUUCUUCAAUAUUACCCUUCUUUUUAUA